AUGAUCAUGUUAAAAGGCCAUUAUUUGCUAAAAACCAGGUCUCAAUUUUGCAUUCUUUCUUCUUUUGCAGAACCAUUUUGCAAAGCAAUUUGGGACUCCUUCUAUUGCUGGCCCUCUACUCAAGCGGGGAGGAUUGUCUCUCGACCUUGCUCGGUGAUUUUCGCGUCCUUCGACGUCGGCUUCAGAGGGUCCCAUUCCAAAGAAAAUGCGGAAGCAUUCCGCGUCUGCUCCGAAGAUGGACAAUGGCUUUGGGGCAACUGGACGAAUUACACCCAAUGCUUGGACCUAUUGCCUCACGAUCCGGGUAAUGCCGUUGGUCAUUUAACGGUCAGUUACAUUUUAUUCGUUUGCUCCUUCAUAUCUCUGAUUGCUCUGGUGUUGACCCUGGGAAUUUUCUGCUAUUUCAAGUCUCUGCAGUGUUCUCGUCUUCGUGUUCACCGCAAUCUGGUGGUGUCACUCAUCAUCCACUCGAUUCUUCUCAUGAUCAUCCCAUCGACCGUCAUAUUCCGCUCAACGUUUCCGACCUACACCGACGUGGAAUGGCUGUGCAAACUUCUGAUGUGUGUAAAGAUGUACUCUGCUAUGGCCAGCAUCAACUGGAUGUUUGUGGAAGGACUGCUCCUCCACAGCAGGAUCACAGUAUCCGUUUUCAAGCAGGAUGCUCCUUUCAAGCUUUACUAUCUCAUUGGAUGGGGCUUGCCAUUCGUUUUCGUCUCUACAUGGGCUUUCUUGAUGUCUAAAGAACUGCACACACCAUGUUGGAAGGGAUAUGGAAAAUCAAGCUACGUGUGGAUUCUUACUGGCCCAAUGGUUAUCGCUCUGUUGGUGAACAGCGUAUUCAUGGUCAACAUCGUUCGAAUCUUGAUCACAAAACUGAACCGCAGCUCGUCUAUUGAAAGCAGGCAAAUGAAGAAAGCUGUGAAGGCAACAGCCUUAUUGUUUCCGCUGCUUGGUCUUACCCACCUCAUGUUUUGCAUCAAUCCCAAAGAUGACGCCACCUUUGAAGAAGCUUACAUGAUCACCAAUGCUAUUUUACAGUCAUCUCAGGGAUUUUUUGUGGGACUACUCUACUGUUUCAUGAAUUCAGAAGUCCAAACUGUGCUGCGGAACAGUUACCUGAGAGCAGUCAUUCGACGCAAUCCAAAUCACAAGUACAUGAGAACCAGAAGCUUACCGCGCACCUCGACUGCAUUUCUCUCCCACACAGAAGUCUCGAUGACCGACACUGCUCGACACAAAGUCGCACCCCACAGAAAGAAUCUCAUUCCACUGCGUGAAGUUUCCGUGAAUGGCAAAAAGAUGGAUGAUGACAAGGACCCGGAGAGGACAUAUGUCUUCUAAAUCUUCUUCAUUUCAAACAGAACACAAUCCUUCAAUUAAUCACAUCAAGCACCGAAGAUACCUAAGUAAUUACUGAAGUUUCAAAAGAACUAUCCAGCAACUGACGCUGAUAAACAAAGACAAUUUGCAAUAUUCCCAAGAUAUGAAUAAUUUGACUAAAAAUAGAAUGCUGUAAAAUUGUAGAAAUGUUGAUAUGCUGUAUGAUAACCUGUAGUUCAAAGAAAACUCUUGAUAAUGGUAAUUCCCUAAUAUUGUUAUCAGAGUGUGAUUUUUUUUUAUUGAAAAAACAAAAUUUUCAAAGCAAAUUUUAUUAGACCAUUAUUUAACGAUUCUUUUGAAAGUUAAUAAAAAACAAGUGGGUCAGGUAAAGAGAGGAAAUUAAAAUUAAAAAAAAGCGUUUAAUGCUUUUCUGUAAAAUUAUCAUAGUUCAGGAAUUUUAUUUAUACAAUGAAUGCCAUAGUGUCUAUACUCUGUGAAUGACCUUUUGCAUACCGGAACAUUCAUUGAUGUAAUUUAAUAUUCUUUUUAAUGUUUUUAAAAGUUAUGUUAAUUUUGCUUAUCAUUAAAAGCAACAGAAUGCCAAGAAAUUCAAAUAUAAUAACAAGCUAAGUUUUCUCAAGUAGAGUAUUAAAAGUUGGUCUAAUAUACUUCCUUGGUAACUUGACAUUUUUUGUCAUUAAGUUACGAAUCGGUCACACUUUAAUAAUGCACCUAUAUGACAUAUGUUACAACUUAAUCAUGAACAUCUCAAGAUUGAGUUUUUAGAUUAUUACAAAAUUCAAGUGUCAUCUUUAAAGAUUGGAAAGUAAAUAUUAAUAAUAUAAAAAAAUAUAUAUUAA